UAUUGGCUGCUACAAGCAGCAGCGACCACGGCAGAAAAGAAGACCCCCACCAUGAUGAAGAACAGGGUUUUCGCGGCGCUCAAAGAAUAAUUUAGCUUUUUAAAUAUUUUUAUCAGUAUUUAACUAACUCAUUUUUAAAUAUUCGGGAUGAUACCAUCAAGUGUCCGCGUACCUUUAGUGCUUCCAUCCAACACCGUGGUCCGCAAAGGGGAUGUAUGGCUGACUUCUCUUAAUAGCCAUUUUUUGCAGACAAAGAGAGCUGUUGAAUAGGGCUUUCAAAAGGCACACGGGUCCCGGGGACUCCUGUUGAUGAAGAAAGUGGGCAACAUGUGGAGCAACCUGAAGAGCAAAUGCCAGACACUCUUUCACAACAACAGUUCAGGACCCAGUGAGAGCAGGGCUGAGGCCGAUGCCGUCCACUGCGUGGUGGAGCUCGGACUAGGAGGCGGCUCAGGUGAGGCAUCGGGAGCCUGCAGCCCAUCACGGAGCCUCCUGCCAGUGCCGAUGGCAACGGUGGGACGUCGCCACCAUAACUGUGUGUCGGACAUCCCUCAGAUAGUGGAGAUUACAAUCGACAAGGACACUGAGGAUGUGCGGGGGCGAUCGGGGGGCGUACCCAUGGCCCGGAGAGACUCCUAUUCCCGUCAUGCCCCAUGGGGGGGCAAGAAAAAACACUCGUUUUCCAACAAAACCCAGAGCUCUCUGGAGGCAGAUAGGCGGUCUGGGCGCCUCCGGGGGAGCGGGAAUCGUAGGGACAGGCGUUACGGAGUCGGCUCCAUCCAGGAGAUGUGCGACUCUGUGUCCGGAGGACGCAGUCUGAACGCUCGGUCUCUGCGCCAGCGGCUCAGCGAUACAGUAGGGCUGUGCUUACCGCUGCCCGCUCGCAGACGCUCUCGCUCGUCCAAGAACCCCGUCACCUCCAAACGGAAGAUUCACCUGACGGAGCUCAUGCUGGAGACCUGUCCCUUCCCGCCAGGCUCAGACCUCGCACACAAGUGGCACCUGAUCAAGCAGCACACGGCACCGGUUAGCCCGCAUUCCUCCACUGCCCUGCUGGACGCCUUUGACCCAGCCCACACAUCUCCCGAGGACGAGGAGGAACGCCUGCGCGAGCGCCGCCGACUUAGUAUCGAGGAAGGUGUGGACCCACCACCUAACGCACAGAUCCACACCCUGGAGGCCUCAGUGCCGGGCUCCUCUCUCUACAAACUGGGACCAAAGAUGGCUCCUAGCAUAGGAGAGGCCUCAGGGGACGGCCGGGCCUCUGUGGCCGCUGGAUCAUCAGGGGCCUGCGGUCCAGUGUUGGGGGCUGCAGUGCCAGCCCAGGACUGUGAUUCUGAGGAGGAUUCGACCACCCUCUGUCUGCAGGCCCGGAGGCCCAAGCAGAGGCACGCCUCUGGGGACCUGAGCAGGCAGCAGCCGGGACCCUGGAAGGUUCACACUCAGAUAGACUACAUCCACUGCCUGGUGCCGGACCUACAGCAGAUCACAGCUCUGCCCUGCUACUGGGGCGUGAUGGACCGCUACGAGGCCGAGGCGCUGCUAGACGGACGGCCCGAGGGCACCUUCCUGCUGCGCGACUCGGCCCAGGAGGACUACCUCUUCUCUGUUAGCUUCCGCCGUUACAACCGCUCGCUGCACGCCCGCAUCGAGCAGUGGAACCACAACUUCAGCUUCGAUGCUCACGACCCUUGUGUUUUCCACUCUUCCACCGUCACAGGACUGCUGGAGCACUACAAGGACCCCAGCGCCUGCAUGUUUUUUGAACCAUUGCUCACGGCGCCUCUCCAUCGGACCUUUCCCUUUGGCCUGCAGCACCUGGCACGAGCCGCCAUCUGCCGCUGGACCACUUACGAUGGUAUAGGCUCUCUGCCGCUGCCCCCUGCCCUGCAGGACUUCCUCAAGGAGUAUCACUAUAAACAGAAAGUACGAGUUCGCUGGCUGGAGAGGGAACCGCCACUCAAGGUCAAAUAGGGUGGGCUUCUUCAUUGCCUGUACACACACUGCAGGAGGAUUACAGAACUUAAAAUAAAAAAAAAAAAAUAAAUUUUAAAAAAAAAAUCCUCAUUAGCCAAUUAGAUGCUAUACUGACAUGGCCCUCUUUCUGGCGAGGGAUGGGAUUUAAAUGUAACAAGCUAUACAAGAUUCAUUCUAAUCUUUGUUUUAGUUAAUACUUACAUCACAGAAAAUACAUAUGAUUAUAUUCAGUA